UAUUAUAUGUAUAUAUCUAUAUCUAUCAAAUGUAUAUAUAUGUAUGUAUGUAUACUCAUUUCUAGAUGUUAGUCUUCAUCAUUUCUCAAAUCCCAGGUUCCAUCAAUGGAAUCUGAAUUCAACUUCAAAUUUUGAUAUUUCAAGGAUCCUAUGUUUCUAUGUUAGUAAUCUGUAUUGGAUGUAAUAUAAUUUCAUCAGGAUAAGUUGAAUUGUGAUAGAAAUAGCAUUCAAGUUAGUAUUUGAGGUCGAAGACAUCUUAAAAACUUAUGGCAAUUCAACAUGGUAUUGUAGAGAAGAUGGAACCGGAUAAUGGUAAAUUGUUUAUAGGUGGGAUUUCAUGGGAUACCGAUGAGGAUCGUUUGAAAGAGUACUUUAGUAGUUACGGUGAUGUGGUGGAGGCGGUUAUUAUGAGAGAUCGUUUGACUGGUCGUGCACGGGGUUUUGGGUUUGUAGUGUUUGUUGAUCCUGUUGUUGCUGCGAGAGUUGUGCUAGAGAAGCACAUGAUUGAUGGUCGAACCGUUGAAGCAAAGAAGGCUGUUCCGAGAGACGAUAACCAAGGACUGAACCGCAACUUUAGUAGCAUUCAAGGAUCGCCAGCUCCUAUGGGGCCUACAAAGAAAAUAUUUGUUGGUGGAUUACCAUCAACUAUUAGCGAAAGUGAUUUCAAGAAUUACUUUGAUCAAUUCGGUACCAUCACAGACGUCGUGGUGAUGUAUGACCACAACACGCAAAGGCCAAGAGGUUUUGGUUUCAUUACAUUUGAAUCUGAGGAAGCAGUGGAUCAGGUAUUAUUUAAAACCUUCCAUGAACUAAAUGGUAAAAUGGUUGAGGUCAAACGUGCCGUCCCUAAAGAGUUAUCUCCAAGCCCGAACCGCAGUCCUUUGGUUGGAUAUACUUACGGGCUAAAUAGACCAAACACAUUUCUUACAAGUAGCUUCCCCCAAGGUUACAAUAUGAGCCCAAUUGGAGGUUAUGGAGUUAGAAUGGAUAGCCGCUUCAGUCCAGUUGUUGGUGCUCGAACCGGGUUCCCCCAGUUUAGUUCAACUGGUUAUAACAUGAGUAUGAAUGGGGAGCCAGCUUUAAGCCCCAGUGCAUUCGGUGGGUCCUCUAACAAUAUCGGCUAUGGGCGAGUUUUGAGCCCAUAUUUGGGUGGAAAUCCAAACAGAUAUAGUACUCCUAUUGGCUAUAACAAUCAAGGUACUGGUAGAGGUGUGCCACCUAUAGGCUCAUCAACCCGGAGUGUGUGGGGAAAUAGUGGGCUCACCAGCCCACGUGGCCCGGGUUCGUACCUGAGCUCAGGAAGUGGCGGUUUUGGAGUAUUUGGGAACAAUGCAGCAGGUUGGAGUUCUUUACCCUUUGCUUCUCAGGGUGGAGGAGGCUCUUCUGGCAACAAUGGUGGAAAUAUAGGAGGACUUAGGGGUGAAGAGAAUACUUACAGGCUAGUAGGUGGUACUGUUGGAAGAAACCAUGAAAUGGGAGUAGCUACAACAUUAUCAUUUAAUGGACCAAACAGUGGUCAGGGUUAUUAUGGUAAUUUGUAUCGUGAGGGUUCAAUGUAUGGAGAUCCAACUUGGCAGUCUUCAUCUAAUGAGCUUGAUGGUUCGGGUUCAUUUGAGCAUGGGCUUGGUAACGCAGAAGAUGCUGUGAGCAGAAAUCCUGAAGGUUAUGUUGGGAACUAUAGUAUUGCAAAUAGACAAACAAGUAGAGAAAUUGCUGCAUAGAAGUUUUCAUGUUUUGCAUACGAUAACGCAACUUUAGGAGGAGGAUACUUCAGUUGAGACUGGACUGUGAUUUUCGUACAUAUCCCAAGUUAGCAUACAACAUCAGCAUCUUUAAAGGCAAUUUCAUCCAAAGAUUCUUGAUAAGAUACAUUACACUAUACAUAUCAAGAAAGGCAGUAUAAAACUGGGAUUUUGUUCAAGUUCUUAUGAUUUUUUAUUUCUAAUUUACUUUUAGGUUUUAUUCAAAUUUGUAUAAUCAAGAACGCGUGAUAUAUUGUGCCAUCCCUUUAACAAGGGCAGUAGAAUUGAUCAAUAAUUUUUAUUUCGUAAUCAGAAGUUGUAAUUGUUGCCAUUGUUGGUAGUAACAUUUUCUAGCAAUGUACUACUUGUGGUUUAUUGUUUUACCGAGCCUUGAUAAGUAUUUUUUCCGUUGAAA